CUGAAGCGUUCUGCUUCUGCUUCUUCUUUUAGCUCCUACGCCUCUUCACUGGGCAUUCACGAAACAGAUAAUACUGUCAAAAAUUUAACUGAAGAAAAUUCGCUGGCACUUGGUGAGUCGGGUGUCUUGGCUCAUAAUUGGUAUAGUAAAGGUGGUGGAUCCAUUCGUGCUGAAGGUCGAUGGUUCAAGGAUGAACAGGGUCGAGUUUGCUUGAUGCGUGGUGUUAACUUGUGCGGAAAUUCAAAACUACCUACAAAACCUAACGGUUCUAGUCACUUGAUUGAGGGAUUUUUCGAUCACCGUAACGUGUCCUUUGUUGGACGUCCAUUUGACUUGAAAGAGGUACACGAACAUUUUGCUAGAUUGAGAACAUGGGGUUUAACGUUUGUGAGGCUUUUGGUAACUUGGGAAGCACUGGAACAUUCCGGACCUGGUAUUUACGAUGAAGAAUUUAUUGACUAUCUUAUCAACGUCAUCGAGGAGAUGCCUAGAUAUGGAAUCAAAUGUUUCAUAGAUCCGCAUCAGGACUGUUGGUCACGGUUUUCGGGUGGUUCUGGAGCACCCGGAUGGACGUUUGAAGUCGCCGGUCUAGAUAUGAAAAGGUUUAAGGAAACGGGUGCCGCAUACGUUCACAACACUAACCAUCAACCAGGUGAUUCUUUGCCCAUGGUGUGGCCCACAAAUUACACAAAGUUGGCCAGUAGUACAAUGUUCACCUUAUUUUGGGGAGGUGAC